AUGGCACCUAUAGAGGCUCCACAAUUGGCGAUCCCAGGCGAAGCAUUUUCUGCGAAUUCUGGGCUAUCAAAUGACGGUCUUACGGCCUCAAACGGCCCAGAAUUUGCUCAACAACAGCAGGUGCGUCAGAGGAGUAAUAUGGACGAGAAAUUUGACGAGUUUCUGAAUCUUAUGGGUCGCCACCCUGUUCUGACAGGAGUGGGCGGGUUUCUGGGACUAUAUUUCGCCGCUGGGGCUUUCAAAAGCAUUUCAAAAAUGCUUGGAGGCGGAAAAACGGGCGUGCAGUUUGUGAAAGGAGGGUUCGACGGUAAGAUGAACUCCAAAGAGGCAAUGCAGAUCCUAAAUUUAACCGAAAGUAACCUCAACCGCAAAAAAUUGAAAGAGGUCCACAGACGGAUCAUGCUGGCCAACCAUCCGGACAAAGGCGGAAGUCCGUAUCUGGCCACCAAGAUCAACGAAGCCAAGGAUUUCCUCGAGAAAAGAGGGCUGCGGAAAUGA